CAGGGGGUGGGACUUACCGGAGUAUGGUCCAGUUAAAAGGGUGGGAGCGGCCGGCCCCAUCUCUAGGGUGGAGUCCUCAGACAGCUGGUGCAGCAGUCCCUGGAACAUCUUCUUGGCCUCAGUCAUGGCUUGUGGUCUGGUCGCCAGCAACCUGAACCUCAAGCCUGGGGAGUGCCUCCGAGUGCGGGGCGAGGUGGCCCCCGAAGCCAAGAGCUUCGUGCUGAACCUGGGCAAAGACAGCAACAACCUGUGCCUACACUUCAACCCUCGCUUCAGCGCGCACGGGGACACCAACACCAUCGUGUGCAACAGCAAGGACGGCGGCGCCUGGGGGACAGAGCAUCGUGAGCCCGCCUUCCCCUUCCAGCCCGGGAGCGUGGUGGAGGUCUGCAUCUCCUUUGACAAGACUGACCUGACCAUCACACUGCCCGAUGGACACCAAUUCAAGUUCCCCAACCGUCUCAACCUGGAGGCCAUCAACUACUUGGCAGCUGAUGGUGACUUCAAGAUCAAGUGUAUGGCCUUUGAGUGAAGCCACCCAGCCUAUGUCCCCCAAUAAAGGCAGCUGCCUCUUGGCCCCCUGAA